UACAUCGUAAACACGUGAAUGUCAACGCCUCGACUUCAAAUCGGCAGAAUGUAUACAAAGUGAUAGAGCGUCCGCAAAUUAAUUGAAAUUCCGUGGAAAGUGCAAUAAUAUGGUGAACCUAGAUCUGCGCCAGACCUCGGCGCUGCACAGUCUGGUCUGUCAGUCCAUAUUAGUACUAAUUUGUUUGAUCUGCUUUGGCUACGGCGGCUUAAGCGGCGCCAAGUUUGUCUUCGAUGACACGGUGGCCAUUGUGAAGAACAAAAAUGUUUAUACGCUGCCCACCAACUGGACAGCCAUAUUUAGUCACGACUUCUGGGGUGCUCCGCUUCUAAGUGCCGAUUCCCAUAAGUCCUUUCGUCCACUGACAACGCUAAUGUUUCACUAUGAAUACGCUCUGCUGGGAUUAGGCGCGUCUCACAUGAAGUUCCUCAAUCUGUUGCUACACUGCGUCAACACAUUGCUGAUGUGGCGUUUGGUGCGCUCGCUGUACGUCGAGGACAUUGACAUCGAACGCUGGGCCACCAUUUCCGCAGCACUAUUUGCUGCCCAUCCAAUUCAUGUGGAAGCCGUUUCCGGCGUCGUUGGACGUGCGGAGCUGAUGUUCGGCCUCAUCCAUUUGCUUUGUCUACUGCUGACGGUGGCCAGCGUAGAUAAACGUGGCGGCAGCACCGUCAUCUCCAUACUGUUCCUCACUGCCAUUGGCAUGCUGUUCAAGGAGUCCGCAGUAACGAUUCCUGUGUCCUGUGCCGCACUGGAUUACUUUCAAAAUGGCACCUAUAUGCUGCCUCUGAAACUGCAGCAACGCAUCAUCACCACACGCCUACGUUACCUCGUCUAUUUAUUUGGAACUGGGCUACUAAUCGUGCUGCGUCUCUGGUGGCAGAACUUUGAGGCACCCGAAUUUAAAGCCGUGGACAAUCCCAUUGCUCAUAGUGAGCAAUUGUUAACGCGCGGCUUGUCGCAGCAGUAUCUGUAUGUGAUGAACUUCUGGCUAAUGCUAUGCCCGCAAUGGUUGUGCUUCGAUUGGGCACUCGGCUGUAUCCAACUAGUCACGAGCAUUUGGGAUAUGCGACUGCAGGCUGUGAUUGCAUUCUACAGCUUCAUAUUCGUCUCACUCAUGAACUUUCGCCGGCUUGCGGGCUUAAUGAUUGGCUUGGCCUUGAUGGUCAUACCCUUUCUUCCCGCCUCGGGCAUCAUUCGUGUGGGAUUCGUGAUUGCAGAGCGCACACUCUACGUGCCCUCCAUGGGCUUCUGUUUGCUGUUCGUCUAUGGCUUCUUGUACUGCUACAACUACAUGGCGGAUCAAGCACACUGGCGGCAUCUGCUCCAAGCACUCCUCAUGUUGCUCUUUGCUGUACUGAUGCUGCGCACCCGGCAGCGUGCUGCCGACUGGCUUAACGAGGAACAACUCUUCAGUUCGGCGCUACAAGUGUGUCCCAACAAUGCCAAAGUGCACUACAACAUCGCUCGACUGGCCACUGAUAUGGGCAACAGUUCGAGAGCUUUUCAGCACUAUCACCGAGCCAUCGAGCUCUAUCCGGAGUAUGAAUCGGCGCUGAUGAAUCUGGGAAAUCUGUAUCGUGAGCAUGGCCAACUGCAGACUGCCGAGAAGUUUAUACGUGCUGCACUCGCAGCGUAUCCUGCGUUUCCCGUCGCCUGGAUGAAUCUGGGCAUUGUGCAGUCGGCCCAGAAGAAGUACACCGAAGCGUUGGACAGCUAUAAACAGGCGCUGAAGUAUCGCACGGAUUAUGCGGUCUGCUAUUACAACAUGGGCAAUUUGUAUUUGGAGCAGCAGCGUUAUGCGGAGGCACUGCAUCAUUGGCAGCAUGCUGUAGCCUUGAAUCCCCGUCAACCCAAGGCAUGGGCCAACAUUCUAACGAUGCUAGACAAUCGCUCGAUGUACGAGGAUGCACUGCGUCUUUCUGAGCAGGGACUGCUGCAGUUGCCGCAUGAGCCCAGCAUCAUGUUCAUACGAGCCAAUGUGCUGGGGAAACUGAAGCAUUAUGUCGAAGCGGAGUCGCUGUAUAAACAGGUUAUUGAGCUCGAUCCACACAAUAUGCUAUAUCACACGAAUCUAGGUGUGCUCUACCAUCGCUGGGACAAAGUUCAAGAGGCGAUCGAUUCAUAUAGAACUGCUAUCAGUAUUAAUGCCGUACGAUCGACGACUGCGAGGGACAAUCUGGGUAAGCUGUUAAAGCGUAUGGAGCGCGAAGCUAUCAAUGAACAGUAAAGCAAAUAUAGAGAUACUGCAUCUACUAUAAAUAUAUAAAUAAUUUAUAGUAUCUGGUCAUUAGCGUAAGCAACUUUUAGCUAAAAAUACAUCAUAGGUUAGUUUAACUUAUUAUAGAAAUUAAACUGAAUGAAUCCCCUCAAUCUGCUGUCCAAUGUCC